AUGCCGAAGCGAAAAGCUACCACGAGACUUUCAGGCCUAAUAGGAUCCGACGAUGAAGAUGUGAUGCAGGCCGCUCCCGAUCAGGGCGAAAACAAUGAGCGCCCAACAAAGAAGGCGAGAGGAAGACCUCGAUCUAAAUCAGCGGAAAUGAAACCGCCCGUGCAUAUAGCUACGGAUGUGGCAGCGACAGCCCCUCAAUCAUCAGAUACUGCCACGAAGAGGACAACAAGAAGGGGCCGCCCAAAGGGCAGUAGAAACUCGGGCCAGAUGGAAGCCGAAGGGCAGGAUAUUACCCCGCAAGAAACAGACGGAGAUGAUGGGAUAGGAGCCUUACAGGGAGCUCCACAGCCAAAAAAAUCGACCAAAGCCGCUAAGGGUGCAACGCGUGGCCGACGAAAGCCUAGUGCGGAGAAACAGAUCAAAACUGAUGGCGAAUUCGAAUAUACACCAACAAGUACGCGACAUAAAAAGCCUACCGAAAAAGCCGAGGCACCAGCAGAGCCCGCUAGUAGGAUACAAAGGAAGUCUUUGGUCGAGGCAGAGGAAAGUGGAUCGGAAGCUGAAAAACCUGUGCAGGAGGUUAUUGAAGAAACAGUGAUGCACGAGGAGCUUCCCGAGCCACGAUCGGUUUCCGUGUCGCCUGCCAAGCGAAGACAAUCAUCUCAGAAAGAUUUGCAAAGCUCUCCCUUCAAACGGAAGUCUAGCGCCGGAGAUGACGAUAGGGGGAACGGAGAACCUGAGCUGAGACGUCGACUGGGCGACUUGACGAAGAAAUAUGACACCCUAGAAAAUCGAUAUCGCAAUCUGAAAGAGAUAGGUAUUGUGGAGGCAAACUCUAAUAUGGAAAAGCUGCGCAAGCAGUGCGAGUCAAUGACAACAGCAUCAAACAACUUGGUUACCUCAUUAAAGACUGAAUUAGAGACACAAAAAGCUCUCGGUGGAAAAAGUCGCUUGCUCCAGAAGCAACUACGGGAGCGAGAUGCGGAGGUAUCCCGAUUAACGUCGCAAGCUGAAGAGGCCACUAGCCAGCUCGCUGCUGCCCAAUCGGAAGUGAAAGCCUUACAAACCAAGCUUGCUGCUGCUCGCAGUACCGCGGCCACACUCGAGAGCGCGGCGCUCAAAGUUCCGGGGAGUGCAAUCAAGGGCGGUGGUGCUAACCGCGCCAAUGCAGCUGCCAAUGCUGAAGCCGCACAUAUGGCUCAGUUUGCGCAACUGAAGGAGGACCUUUACAGUGACCUCACGGGUCUUAUCAUCCGUGACGUGAAGAAAAGGGAAACAAACACAUUGUACGACUGCAUCCAGACGGGUGUCAAUGGAACUCUUCACUUUAAGCUUGUUGUCCCCCAUGUAUCGUCCGUCAACUUUGAAAAGGCGGAGUUUCAAUAUAUCCCUCUUUUAGAUGAAAAUCGGGAUCGUGAAUUGGUAGAUAUCUUACCCGAGUAUCUCACGGUGGAUAUUACGUUUGUCCGCCAACAGGCAUCGAAAUUCUACACACGGGUGAUUGACGCGCUCACUAAGCGACGAGCAAGUUCCGGCAAUUGA